CCUCCAAGCAGAGGACAUGUAAACACAGAGCUUCUCCAGUUCAUUUUGUUCUCUCCGUCUUUCUUCAUCGUGUCGCCUGAAAUUCCCAGAUUUUCUGCUUGGUUUUUGAACCUUAUUCAAUCUGCAUCAGUUAGCUGAACUACCUCAGCAGAGGCUACCAGGACGUCACUGAAUUUCAGUCAUCAUGGACCAGACCUCUGAUCUCCCACAUCGUUCCUGCCUGAGUCCAGAGGCGACCCUGAGGGAAAUCCAGCUCAACUUACUGGAGUGUAAAGUCUGCUUUGAGAUGUUUAACUCUCAACAGAGGGAGCGCAGACCACAGAACCUUUCCUGUGGUCAUGUACUCUGUCUGGAAUGCAUCACAGCUUUGUCCCACCCUCUCCUGAGGAAGCUGGAGUGCCCGUUCUGUCGACAGCUGUGCAGUGUUGACAGCACCUCCCAUUGCCAGGUUCUCAGUGACCUGCAGGAGCUCCUUUUGUCCCAGAAAUCCUCGUCCUCCGCUCCCCCUCACAGGUCCAAAGGAGGAUUUAUCUCAGAAACAGCUCUGCAUCUUUUUGCUGCGUUUGGGGGCUGGGGGACUCUCACCAACCCCACUGGAAUCGCAGUUUUGGGCUCUGUGGGGGGAGUAGUCGUGGUGCAUGAUGGAGAGAAGAGAGUAGUGGUGUUUAACCAACAAGGGAGGAAGCUGCACAGUUUUGGAGAAAAAGGAACAGGUAAUGGGGACAUCUGUUACCCAGUGGAUUUGGCAGUGAGUCCUACUGGUCAUGUCAUAGUGACAGAUGCAGGGGAUAAAUCUGUGAAGGUUUUCACAUCCAGGGGAAUACACGUAGUGACGGUCAAAGAUUGCUUCCAACUUCCUUGGGGCGUGGACACAGACUGUUGUGGGCGCAUCCUGGUUUCUGACCUCCAGGCUGGCAAUCUGCUCAGAAUUAAAGUGAACUUUAGUCAUGGCAUUAUCCUGGAGAGUCAAAAUGUCCUAGCCAACCUUUGUUGUCCCAAAGCGGUGGCUCACUGCCAAAAAAACGGAAACACAGCAGUGUUGGAGCAUCCAAGAGGAAGGCACCACAACAGAAAUUUGAAGGUGUUUACGAAAGACUUCCACCUUCUUUACCAGAUGGACAGCUUCAGCCUGAUCCUCCAAACGUCCUUCAGGUUCAACAUAUCAGAUGUGGCUUUCAGCAGUGAUGGAGAUGUGGUUGUGUCUGACUGUGAUCAGGGGUUGAUUUGUAGUUUAGGAAACCUUCAGAACCACCCAGUCCUGACUCCUCUUGUCGGGGUCCAUCUCAUUCGACCUGCUGGGUUGGUAAUACUGAACAACACGCUCAUCACAGUGGAUGGUGGCGACCAUACGGUGAAGAUUUAUUCUAGUAAACCCGGUGCUUGAUGCAACAUGGUCAUUACAUAAUAAGAAACCAAGACAGGGUAUUGGAAAAACAGAUUAAAGUUUGUUUGAAGUA